CAGAUUUCCGAUAUCCUAACGUUUCAUCAGAGUAAACAUGUUUUUGCCCUAUAUGCGAUUUAUGCAUGUGUAAAAUGUAACAAAAACGAAAGACCUACGUUUUAAUUAGAAUUGUGAGGACAUGAACGGAUUAACUGCGUUGUUUAUAAAUUAAAUAGUUAAACAGGCAUUUGAAGUAAAACUAAAAUUAAAGUAGAAAGGGUUUAAAGAAACUCGACUUUAUUCAGUGUAUGAGUUCGUGCUUAUUGAACAAUGUGGGGUAGUAGUGCAAGAGUUUCUCGAUGGAUCGACAGGAUGCUGAGUCCCCGGGGACUUUCCCCCUGGGUCAGACCUGCGGAGUUCCAGAGUAACGUGUAUAUCCCCUGGUCGUGGGUCGCAGUCAAAGUGCGUAUCCCCUGGUCGCGGGUCGCAGUCAACAGAUGCUAUGCUACUGCGACCACAGCUGAUCCUCAAAAGAAACCAGACAUGUUUUGCUACCAAUGCGAACAAACGAAAGCCCGUAAGGGGUGUGUCAAGGUGGGUGUGUGCGGCAAGUCCCCCCAGGUGGCGGCUCUACAGGACCUCCUCGUGUACGCGCUCUCGGGCCUCGCCAUGCAUGCGACACGGGCGCACGCGUUGGGAGUGUGGAACUCGGACGAGUGUGAUAAGUUCUUCCAGAGCGCCCUCUUCAGUACCCUGACGAACGUAAACUUUGACCCGGAACGCUUUCCGGCGUACAUCUUUCGGGCGGUCCAGUUCCGAGAAGAAAUCCGCGCCGCAUUACUAGAAGACUCGAUGCGCACCAAGCGGCCAUUUGACGAGAAACUGCACCACGGACCGGCAGUGUGGACGCCGAAGAAAGGUUUCAAGGACAUCGACUUUCUUGAGAGUGAAGGUCGUGCUGUGGGAGUGCUUGAGGACCAGGCGGUGUUCGGACCAGACGUGAACGGGGUCCGCUACCUUACCAUUUAUGGCAUAAAGGGACUGGCUGCGUACGCAUCGCACGCCGCGGCACUCGGAGAGGUCGAUCCUUGGGUCCCGAAAUUCAUGUACCAGGCGUUCGACUUCCUUGUGAGUGCCGAUCCGGACGAGCAGCAUGAUCUUGGCGCCAACCUCAAACUGGCGCUCAAGGUCGGCGAGACGAAUCUCAGGGUGAUGGAGCUGCUUGAUAAGGGGCACCGCCGGAUGUUUGGCGUACCGGAACCGGCUGAGAUCAGCACCAAGCCCGUGCCCGGAAAAUGUAUCAUGAUUUCCGGACACGACAUGAUGGACUUGUACCAGCUGCUUCCGAUGGCGGCGACCGCCGGAAUCAACGUGUACACGCAUGGAGAGAUGCUACCCGCACACGGAUACCCGGGCCUACGCAAGUUCAAAAGUCUUGUCGGUCAUUUCGGAGGCGCCUGGCAGAACCAGAAGAUGGACUUCGCGCUGUUUCCGGGCCCGGUGCUCGCUUCGACGAACUGCGUGGUGGAGCCGCUGCGGUCGUACCGAGACCGCCUAUACACGCUCAACGACACCGGCAUCAACGGCGUGAAACACCUCGAUCUGCACGACUCCGAUCAGAUGAAGCGCCUGAUAGAGCAUGCGAAGUCAUGUGAUGGCUUUGACGAAGCAUUGAUCAGCAAGUUUGAUCCCAAGACGUUAACGGUCGGAUUUGGAAGGGAGGCCAUAACGCAACACGCAGCUACGGUGCUGAACGCCGUUGCUAAAGGAGAGCUGCAGCGCGUGUUUGUAAUCGGCGGCUGUGACGGCUCGGAGCACAAGCGCAACUACUUUACAAACCUGGCAAAAUCACUUCCGGUCCAAACGCUCAUCCUCACGAUGGGCUGCGCUAAAUACCGACUCAAGGAUCUCAACUUCGGAAAUCUCGGAAACACCGGGAUACCGCGCGUUCUCGACAUGGGGCAGUGUAACGAUAGCUACGGAGCGAUCAUGGUCGCCAAGGCGCUCGCAGCUGCGCUCAACACGGACAUUAACAGCCUGCCGCUGUCCAUAUCGCUCUCCUGGUUCGAGCAGAAGGCCGUCGCCGUCCUGCUGUCCUUGCUCAGUCUAGGCGUUAAGAACAUCCGGAUUGGGCCGGUACUACCGGCGUUCCUUACCCCAAAUGUCCUGCAAGCCCUAAAGGACCAGUACGGACUCGAACCCGUGGACAUCCGCCACCCCGAGGAUGACAUGCACCAUAUGAUGGACGAGCAUAAGUGAACAUUUUCAAGUCGUACGACUACGACGGUCGAACUUAGUCUGACCAAACUUAACACAUUAUCCACAUGUAUGCGAAUGUUUGUUUAUCAAAGGUUUUACAUGUAUUUUAAUUUGUUCCACGUUGAAGACUUAAGAUGCACAUUUAGCUUUAUAUAAGAAUGUUUGUAGCGAUAUGACCUGGCAUUUACGACACUGCUUUAAUGCAGUUUGAGAUGCACUCAGUUUUGUUGUAUACAUCAAUCUUGUCUACUUUUACCCGCUUUACUAAUCAUUUGUGUUGGCGUUUUAUCAAGAUUGAAUAUCGUAGCGAUUGUUAUUGUCAAUUAAAACGUGAAGUAAUUAAAAGGAAUUUGUUAACAGAAGUUUCAUAAGGCACAGAUCGUGGUCAUGGUUUACAUAUCAACCACAGUUAUCGCAACGAGCACCGUCCUAGGUGAUUGAAAUCAAAUGAAUUUAUUUCUAAAUAAAUGUGGUUGAAGAUGUUCAUAACAUGAACAGAUUUAUUAACAAAUCAAUGACUAUUUUUAUGACGUGAUGUUGCUUAAGCUUCACAAAGACUCCGAUAGUUUACAAUAUGUAUGGUACUUAAGUAAAAAAUGUCAACAACAUAGUUGUCACUGAUAAAAUCAAUAACUUAUUGCAUGAACAAAUCAAUCUCGAAAUGUUUCAUAUAUGUUAUUCGUUGCUUAUUGUUUGUAAUCACGUAUUGCUUUGAACCGUUAUUCUUGUUUUUUAUAAAGCUGUAUGUACAUUAAAUUUCUGAUAUAUGCCUUCAAAUGUUCCAUGUAGUUCUCUUCAGUAGAAUUGUGACUCCCCCUACAUGUAUUCGCUUAGACUCGGGAAGGAGUUGGCAAUAGUCCCUUAAAGGGACCUUUUAAUACAUUUUGGCAUAUAAUGAACUUUGUCAUGUAUUGCUUUAAAUAAAUAAAUGUAAACAUUGGAACUAAAUAGCUACAGAAAAUUUGUAACUGAAAACAACCUGAAACGGCGAAGUGUCGCCAAGUGGGUUGAAAGUAACAUCGAGGAGUAAUGCUCUUUUCAUAUUCAAUUGAGCAAUUAAAAGACUAAUAAUCCAAAUGUUACUAUUAAAUAUUGUUAAGUUGUGUGCGUAAUAUCUUAAUUUGAAAUAACCAUUACUGGCUGUGUGUUAUUUAGGUGUAUGCAUUAAACUAGUAUAUACUGCUUACCAUAUACAUGAAUUCAUGUUAAGUGAAUGUAUAUUUGGUGGUUUCCGUUAUUAUAGCAACCAUUUAAAAACAUUUAUUUACACCUCAACUUUGUAAAUAAAAUGAUUCAAAAUGUCCCCAUUACAUAUUGUUUUGUGAUUAAAAACAAUUUCGUUCAAUUAGCCAUUAUCGUGUUUGUGGUUUAAGUGUAUGUUUUAAACUAGUAUAUACUGCUUGCUAUAUAUGUAUUUCAGGUUUAUAUAACAUGUAUUUUAGUGGAUAAAGUUACUAUAGCAAACAUGUUAUAACGUUUAUUUUCACAUCAACUUUGUUAAUAUGUUGUUUUUGUUUUAGUGCAAGGGACGACUGUAUCUUUGUUGACCGUUUGUUAAGAUUUUUGUUUGAAACUUGACAUGUUACUGCACAUUAACAAUGUCCUUUAUAAGUGCAAUACUGGACAUUGUAGUUAUUAUGUUAAAUAUAAACAGUUGCUACAGAAAAAUCCAUAUUUGUUGAUAUAUUCCUGAGAGUAUAAUGACUGCGCUCAAAAAUUGUCAACUGAUAAAUGUUAAGUUUCGAACACUCAAUUAAUACGUAUUUGUCUCAGCAAAAAUGGUAACCAUUGAUACGGAGGUUUAAGAAUGUAAAUUGCUAUGCUAACAAUUCACAUUUGAUUUUUGUAUUGACAAUUAUAUGUAUUGUUCUUAAUAUUGCUUGUUGACAUACUUAAAUAAUUGACGCAUGUAGCAUUAAUAUCUUAUUAUGUAAAAAUGGGUAUGUGUGAAUGUGUUGCCUUGGCAACCAUACCAUUUAUGUUGUACCGGUUUUAAUACAUGUUUUCAAAACUAUACACAUUAAAUAAUUAUUUCAUGUAA